AUCGAUUCAGGAAAUUCAGCUAUGUAUUUGAUGGCGAGUUGUGUUAUGAAAGGUAGUUUUGGGGCUUGUUUUCCGGAGUCACUUUGCGGGGGGUCAUAGGAUGAGUUUGCGGGGGUUGACCACAUCCUUAGACAUUCUCGAUGUUUUUCUUUCCUGGGAAGGCUGUCCAUUCGCCAAACCUGAACUUAUUUGCCAGCUGGAAAAGGGGGGAGAGCUGUGGGUGCCAGAUUCUCAGGACUUGGACGAAACAGAGAGUUCCAGCUCCAACUCAGGUCUGCGGAAUCAAGAGAGUUUAUAUUUCACGUGGGGGUUGCAGUUAACGCAGAUAUCAACCCUUGCCAAUCGUCAGCAAAUGACGGAAGGAGAGAAACUGUACGAAUGCACGGACUGUGGGAAGUGUUUUGCUCGGAAAUCAAAGCUCGCGGAGCACCGGAGAGUCCACACGGGAGAAAAACCGUACGAAUGCUCCGAGUGUGGGAAAUGUUUCGCUUGGAAAUGGCCGCUUGUGAUACACCAGAGAGUCCACACGGGAGAGAAACCUCACAAAUGCUUGGAGUGUGGGAUGUGCUUUGCUGAAAAGCCAAAACUCAACCGGCACCAGAGAGUCCACACUGGAGAGAAACCGUAUAAGUGCUCCGAAUGUGGCAAAACGUUUGCUCAGAAAUCGUACCUCAUGAUCCACCUGAGAAGCCACACGGGAGAGAAGCCAUUCAAGUGCUUGGACUGCGGCAAAGGUUUCACCCACAAAUCAAAGCUUGUGAGCCACCGGAGGGUUCACACCGGAGAGAAAGCGUAUAAGUGUUUGGAAUGCGGCAGACGUUUUGCUCACAAAUCAUACCUCGUGAUGCACCUCAGAACCCACACGGGAGAGAAACCUUUCAAAUGCGUGGACUGCGAGAAGUCCUUUGCUCAGAAAUCACAUCUCACGAUCCACCGCAGAACCCACACGGGAGAGAAACCUUUCAAAUGCCCGGAAUGUGGCAAAUGCUUUGCUGAUUCCUCUGCCUUUACGGGACACCAGAGAGUCCACACCGGCGAGAAAACCUACCAGUGCGCACAGUGUGGGAAGCGUUUUGCUUGGAAAUCAAAUCUCACGCUCCACCAGAGAGGCCACAAGACCGAGAAAGCAUGCAAAUGCUCAGAGUGCGGGAAAUGUUUUGCUCGGAAAUCGCACCUCCGCAAUCACGAGAGGGUCCACAGAGGGGAGAAACUCUACAAAUGUUUGGAGUGCGGGAAAUGCUUUGCCUGGAAGCUGCAUCUCGUGAACCACGAGAGAGUCCACGUGGGAAAGAAACCACAUAAGUGUUUGGAGUGUGGGAAGUGCUUUGCUCAGAAGUCACACCUCACAAUCCACAAAAGGGUUCACACGGGAGAGAAGCCCUAUAAAUGUUGGGAGUGCGGGAAAUGUUUCAAUCUGAAGUCCCGCCUUGUCGAACAUCAAAGAGUCCACACAGGAGAGAAACCCUACAAAUGCAAGGAGUGCGGGAAGGCUUUUGCUAAUAAAUCAAAUCUCCAGACACACCUGAGAGUCCAUACAGGGGAAAAACCUUAUAAAUGCCUGGAGUGUGGGAAGUGUUUUACCGUGAAAUCUAGCCUCGUGAAGCACCACAGGGCCCACACAGGAGAGAAACCGUAUAAAUGCACGGAGUGCGGGAAAUGUUUUGCUUGCAAGUCACAAUAUGUGAUGCACCAGAGGAUCCACACGGGAGAGAAACCCUUUAAAUGCACGGAGUGUGGGAAAUGUUUUGCUCGAAUGCCAUACCUCAAAAACCACCAGAGACUCCACACUGGGAAGAAGCCAUAUAAGUGCUUAACGUGUAGGGAAUGUUUUUCUUUGAAAUCAGCCCUUCUCAGACACCAGGCGGAUCACACAGAUGACGGACCUCACGAAUAUCCAUCCUAUUCUACUUGUGCUUUGCAGGUUCCUCGGGAAAUGUCUCGGGAGCGAAGUGGCAAGGCGGCCCCGCCGGGCCUGAUCCACCGGCUGGACCACCUGGUGAUGACGGUCCGGAGCAUUGAGGACACGGCUGCCUUCUACUCCCGGGUUCUCGGCAUGGAAGUCGUCUCCUUCAAGGGAAACCGUCAAGCUCUGCAUUUUGGCCAACAGAAGUUCAACCUCCACGAGGUGGGGAAGGAAUUUGAACCCAAAGCCCACCGGCCAACCCCUGGCUCUUUGGACAUCUGCCUCGUCACAGAGAUGCCUCUGGAACAGCUGGUGGAACACCUGAAGGGGCCGGUGGUGACCUUUGAAGAUGUGGCCGUGUAUUUCACGGAGAGGCAGGGGGUUCUGCUGGAUCCCGAACAAAGGGCUCUCUACAGGGAUGUCAUGAUGGAGAAUUAUGGGAAUGUGGCCUCGUUGGGAUUUCCAUUCACCAAACCUGAGCUCAUCUCCCAUCUGGAACGAGGGGAAGAACCGUGGGUGCCAAAUUGUCGGGGUUUGGAUGGAAUUGAGAACUCCAACGCCAGCUCAGAUGAGCGCAGGGGGAACCACCCAUGUGCCGCUCGGGAGGGAUAUCUUGUUCAGAAGUCAAGCGUUGCCAGAUGUCAGGAUCUCCGUGCAGGAAAGAAAGCCCAUGAAUGCUUGGAGUGUGGGAAGUGCUUUGCUGAGAAAUCAAAGUUCACGAUCCACCAGAGAGUCCACACAGGAGAGAAGCCCUACAAGUGCUCCGAGUGCGGGAAGCGCUGUGCCACCAAAUCAAACCUCACGAGCCACCAGAAGAUCCACACGGGAGAGAAGCCCUACAGCUGCGCCGAGUGCGGGAAGCGUUUUUCUCACAAAUCCUAUUACGUGAUUCACCAGACAGCCCACACAGGCAGGUACCCGUAUAAGUGUGCCGUGUGCGGGAGGUGCUUUGUCCAGAAAUCAAAACUCGCCGACCACCAGCGGGUCCACACAGGGGAGAAACCCUACAAAUGCUUAGAUUGCGGGAAGUGUUUCGCUUGGAAAUCUCAGGUCGGAGAACACCGGAGAAGCCACAGCGGAGAGAAGCCGUUCGUGUGCGUCGAAUGCGGGAAGCGCUUUUCUCACAAGUCGGUGCUCAUCACCCACCAGAAGGUCCACACGAGAGAGUACCCCUACAAGUGCUUGGAGUGCGGGAAAUGCUUUGCUUAUUCCACGGCCUUUGUGACGCACAGGAGAAUCCACCCAGGGGAGAAGCCUCACAAAUGCUCGGAGUGCGGGAAAUGCUUUACGUGGAAGUCGCAGCUCGGGAACCACCAGCAAGUGCACACGGGAGAGAAACCCUUUCGGUGUUUAGAUUGCGGGAAGCUUUUCGCUCGCAAGUCGGAACUCGCGAACCACCAGAGGGUGCACACGAAAGAGAAACCCUUCCGGUGUCUGGAGUGCCAGAAAUGCUUCGCUUAUUCCUCUGCGCUCGCCGCGCACCGCAGAGUCCACACGGGAGAAAAACCCUUCGAGUGUGCAGAGUGUGGGAAACGUUUUGCCCGCAGAGCAAUCUUUGCGAGGCACCAGAGAUCCCACACGAAAGAGAGGCCCUUUAUGUGUUCAGACUGCGGGAAAAGUUUUGCCGAUUCUUCCACGUUCGCCACUCACCGGAGAGUCCACACGGGAGAGAAGCCCUACAAGUGCGCAGAGUGCGGGAAGUCUUUCGCUCACAACUCCACAUUCGCUACGCACAGGAGAAUCCACACAAAGGAGAAGCCCUACAUAUGUCUGGAGUGCGGGAAGCGCUUUGCCGACUCCUCGACGUUUGCGAAACACCGGCGAGUUCACACGGGAGAGACAACCUGCAAAUGCUUGGCCUAUCGGUGCCCGGAGUGCGGGAAAGGCUUCGCUUCCAAAUCGCAGUUCGAGAGACACCGGCGAGUCCACACGGGAGAAAAGCCGUUCAAAUGUCUGGAGUGUGGGAAGUGUUUUGCUGAUCCCUCCACCCUGGCAAAGCACCAGAGAGUUCACCCAGGAGAGAGGACCCACAAAUGCUUGAAAUGCCACAAAUGCUUUGUUCAAAGUUCAGACCUUACGAGGCAUCAGAGGAGCUGUGCGGCUGACAAACCUUAUACGUGUUUGAUGUGUGGCGAAUGUUUCCCGUCGACGUCAGCCCUCAUCUGCCACGAGCGAGCCCACAUGGAUGAGAAUUAUUAUGACCAUUCCAAGCCUUUCCCCAUACAAUAGAGCUGCGGCUCUCAAGCUGUCUUCUUUGGGCCACACUUUCAGAAUAAAAAAUUGCUGUG